ACUGUUAUGUCAUAUUUUUGUUCGAUUCCAUUAAAGUUGUUGCUUUUUGUAGACGACAGGUGAAUUAAAAUUAGUUUGAGCUAUUUAAAUGGUUUGAUCAUUGGUUCACUCGAGGAAAACCCAAGAAAACAGGGAAGCUGGUAACGAAUUAUUUAAUGUUGGACUGCCUUGAUCUUAAAGAGAAAGUUUAGUUAAAAACAUUUCACGAUCGACCAAGCUUCAAAAAAACACACAAUGGUUGAGGAGCCUAUGUCAGAUGAAAAAUGCCUUGCUUCUGUGAUGAUUUACGAUGAUGGUGAGAGAAAAUGGAAAGCUGCAGGAAAGACACAGGGAUUGUCAUCAGUUUGUAUAUAUCGCCAUACUCAAGAAAAUACAUUUCGAGUUAUUGGGAGAAAAGACCAAGAUGGAGAGGUGGUCAUAAACUGUGCAGUGGUGCCACAGCUGAAGUAUAACAGAGCAACCGCCACAUUUCACCAGUGGCGUGAUGGAAAUGGCACAGUGUAUGGAUUAAAUUUUUCAACUGGACAUACUGCCGCAGCAUUCGCUGCAACUAUGGAUGCUGCUUUAGAUGCGUUACGUAAUCCAAAACCUUCUGGGCCGUCACCAGCAGAACUGGAAGCCCGAAGAAGAGAGAAGGAACAGCUUGAGAGGCAGAGAUUGGAAAAAGAAAGACAAGAACGAGAACGAAAAGAAAAUGAGAGGCUGGCAAGAGAGAGGGCGGAAUCAACAGCAUCGCAUGGAGGUCCUCCAGCUCCCCCUGCUCCUCCUAGUGGAGGAGGACCUCCCCCACCACCUCCUCCUCCAUCUGGAGGGGGAGCCCCUCCACCCCCACCACCCCCGCCACCAGGGGGGGCUGCUCCCCCACCAGCACCCUCUGCAGCUGCAGCUUCAUCUUCUGCCCCAGCAGCUGGAAGUUUAGCCGCUCAACUCCAAGCUGCAAAACUGAAAAAAGCUUCUGUUCCACCUCCGGAAGAAAGUGCUCCAGUAUCAUCUGGUGGCGGAGGUGGUGGAAUGGACAUGAUGGCGGAGCUACAAAAGAAAAUGCAAAGAAGACGCGCAGCCGCUGAAAAUGGUGAUGGUGGAGGAAAUAAACCAUCUGCUGCUAUCACUCCAGCACCCAAACCUGUUGCUACUAACGCUGCUGAAACAAAGCGUCCAUCUUGGCAAACUAAAUCUGCAAAUACAUCAACCACUGCUAACAAUGCAAGAAUAUCCGGAAGUAGUGGGGAUUUUGAUCA